UCGUUCCAGGCCGACUCUCGCUGUCGUCGUAGCCUUCGUCCUCCUCUCGGUGUUGUUGUUCUCGGUGACGCGACGGAGGUGUAGCCUGACGCGGUCUCUUACGUGUCGGUCUGAAUAAAAGUGGAGCUCCGUAGACCCGGGAGUGACGAAGCGAGUCUGUGUUGAUUUUUAAAUGACAAUGGAAGCUUGUGCCGAUACACAAUCAAGUGGUGAAACGGGUGUGAAACAGGAGUCUGAGAGUGGCCUGGCCCAGGCUUCCAUUGCAUCGAGCCAGGCGACGUCCAGCGGUACUACCGUGGCCUUAGUGCAGUUGCCCAACGGCCAAACCGUCCAAGUGCACGGGGUGAUCCAAGCGGCCCAGCCUUCGGUCAUCCAGUCCCCUCAGGUCCAGACAGUUCAGAUUUCAACGGUUGCUGAGAGCGAAGACUCUCAGGAGUCUGUCGACAGCGUCACAGAUUCUCAGAAGAGGAGAGAGAUCCUGUCCAGACGACCUUCGUACAGGAAAAUCCUAAACGACUUAUCAUCAGACGCUCCGGCCGUUCCGUGCAUCGAGGAAGAAAAGUCAGAAGACGACUCGGGUUCGGCCAUCACCACCGUCACCAUGCCCACGCCCAUCUACCAAACCAGCAGCGGCCAGUACAUCGCCAUCACUCAAGGAGGGGCCAUCCAGUUGGCCAAUAACGGGACCGACGGCGUUCAGGGUCUGCAAGCUCUCACCAUGACCAAUGCUACCACGGGCCAACCCGGAACCACCAUCCUGCAAUACGCCCAGACCAGUGAUGGCCAGCAGAUUCUGUUGCCUAGCAACCAGGUGGUUGUACAAGCCGCCUCCGGAGACGUUCAGGCCUAUCAGAUCCGCACAGGGCCCACCAGCGCCAUCGCCCCCGGGGUUGUCAUGGCGACCUCGCCCGCAUUGGGCACGGGGACGGGAACAGAGGAAGUCACGCGUAAACGAGAGGUGCGCCUGAUGAAAAACAGGGAGGCCGCCCGCGAGUGUCGCAGGAAGAAGAAGGAGUACGUCAAGUGUUUGGAGAAUCGCGUGGCCGUGCUGGAGAACCAGAACAAAACCCUCAUCGAGGAACUCAAAGCCCUCAAAGACUUGUACUGCCACAAAUCCGAGUAGGCCCGGCGUCAAACGCCCGCCGACUGUACAGAGACUCAGCCCGAGAGCCAUGCGUACGGAUGCCACGCUAACUUUUCUAAUUGUUUCGCUUUGUACAAAAAAAAAAAAAAAAUUGGAAAAAAAACUGCAAGACAUGUAUGUGGCCCAGUAGGCAAAGUUAACCGCCAAGUACUAAGUUAGCGUUCCGUUCCCUUGACGUCGUGAUGAGUGGAUUUGUCCUCAAAAGGAGCGCCCUGAAAUUGGCCAAAGGAAGGGAUGCCGUCGCCGAGGCUUGACCAGGAGGCGGAGCUACAAGAUGUCAUCGGCACCUAGUGAUCCAACAGUCGCCCCCUCCCUGCUGAAGACAAGUGAUUUGACGCCGCGGCUGAAUUCGCAGCCUGGGUUGGAUCUUUGUUUCUGCUCUCCUCCUUGGCUCACUUCGCCUUGCUCGGCAAACAUUAACGCUUACGGAUCAGGUUGAUUUUUAUUUUAUUUUUCUUAAUUGGCGUUUGGUCUCUAACCUUAUAACUGCAGGGUCAUUAUUUUUUGUUUAUUUUUACCAGUUUUUUAAGAUAAACUGGAGCUCCACCAAUCUGUUUGCAAUAAACAAGGGCCUUUUUUUUAGACCUGGAGUGAGAAAGGAAGGAGAAAAGGGGAGAAAGGUAAAUUGACACAAAGCGGCGCAUAUGUCAUCCUCGUAUUAUGAAAAGCUUUUUGUAUUGUGGCUUUUAACCGAACCCUUUCUGAUGUCAUUAUUUUCUUAAAAUAAAAACCAAAAAUAAUGAGCCCUGCUUACAACUUAUGCAAUAGAUACUUGGUCACAGAUGGCCUGUGAUGUAUUUGAACUUGUCAAGCUUAAAGGGAAAUCUAAGAAGGUUCAUUUAGUAAGAUGAGGUUGUGUACAGUAUGCACUUUUCCUUGCUGAAACAAUCCAAGAUAUAGUUGUAAGUUGUGACAAAAAUGAUAUUGCAAAUCCAAACAGAUUUUUCCCAGCUUUGACUUGACUUCCCAUUUACCUGCUAGUACAUAGUUUGGAUUUGAAAUAUAUAUUUUUCACACCAUGUAUUUGACAUUCGAACAGGAAGCACCAGGGCAACUUAAAGCAGUAAUUUGAUUGUUUUUUAGGGAGGGGGGUGUUAUUUUAAUAUUCAGAUCAGACCAUAAGGUGUGUUGCACAUGGUAGUUGACUGUUGUUGGUCAAACAUUCUGCUAGCGCACCCAGCCGAGAAGGCUAUUUUCUUUUUAGCUAUAAUGUAUAAUGAGACUUUGUUAUAUUUCAUCUGGCUUUUCAUUUAUUUUCUUAAUGUCUGCACCAACUUGUAUGAUACAUUACGUUAGAGCUGUUACAUUUCGGCAGCUGUUAAUAAAAGUGUUUCUGAUAA